AUGGCUGACACAACUACCCGCCCCCGUGUCUUCUUUGACAUUACCAUUGGUGGCAAGCCUGCUGGCCGAGUCACGAUGGAACUCUACGCCGACCUUGUUCCCAAGACGGUAGAGAACUUCCGGUGCCUCUGCACAGGCGAAAAGGGCGUCGGCAAGUCGGGAAAGCCGCUUCAUUACAAGGGCUCCAUCUUCCAUCGCGUCAUCAAGCAGUUCAUGAUUCAGGGUGGCGACUUUACGGCUGGAGAUGGCACCGGCGGCGAGUCCAUUUACGGCGCCAAGUUUGAGGAUGAAGCGUUUCCCGAGAAGCACGAGAAGCCUUUCCUCCUAUCCAUGGCCAACGCCGGACCGAACACAAACGGCUCACAGUUCUUCAUCACUACCGUCGCUACGCCCCAUCUGGACGGAAAGCACGUCGUCUUUGGCCAAGUAUUGAGCGGCAAGUCUCUUGUUCGCCAGAUCGAGAACUCGCCGACCGAGUCGGGUGACAAGCCGACGAAGGAGGUCGUCAUUGCCGACUGCGGUGAGCUUACCGGCGAGGAAGCGAUCGCGGCCGGCGUGAAGCAGGCCGAUGCCACGGGUGACAUGUACGAGGACUUUCCCGAAGACUGCGGCGAGGAGCUCAAGGCCCAGAAGGUGCUUGCCAUCGCCACCGACUGCAAGGCAUUUGGCAACAAGGCUUUCCAGGCUGGCGAUGUCAGCCUCGGCCUGUCCAAGUACGAAAAGGGGAUUCGGUACCUGAACGAGGACCCCGACCUCGAGGAGGAGACGGCGGAGACGAAGAAGAGUCUUGAGAGCCUCCGCUUCUCGCUCAACAACAAUGCGGCGCUGUUGAGCAUCAAGCAGGAGUCUUGGGACGAUGCCAUCCGGUUUGCGACGUCGGCCCUCGCCGUCGCAGGAACGUCGGAUCGCGAUCGAGCCAAGGCCUUUUAUCGCCGCGGCCUCGCCCAAGUGCGCAUGAAGGACGAGGAGAGCGCCUUGACGGACCUCGAAGAGGCACACCGGCUCGAGCCCAACGACGGCGUCGUCGCCAAGGAGCUCAACAGCGUGAAGGAGAAGGCGAAGGCUCGAGCAGCCAAGGAGAAGGCGGCCUACAAGAAGUUUUUCAACUGA